GGCUGCCUGACAAACGUUUUUUUAUUAAGUUAGUUCGUUUAAUAGUGGUAUCGUAGAAUCGCAAUUAGGUAGGGGAUCAUUAGUUUACAAGAUACUAGUGAUAAAUAGAAUGGUCAAUGAAACCUGCAACCGUAUUUUCUUAAGUAAUGUGCAGCACAGAUACUGAAGAUGUUAACUGUAAUAUACGUGAAAAGACUAGUUUACGCAGUGGAGUUUUUAUUUACUUUUUAUCAUGUCGGAUAAAUCUAUUAAAAUGUCUCUGAUACACUUCGUGACAUCAAUAUCGAAAUACAAAACAUGUAAAAAGACUUCAUUCGAAACCUCAUCAAUUAACUUCCUGGUUCAUAUUGAUGACGACACCAGUAUGCGCCAUGGCUGGUAUAAUGAGGAAUUCAUUACACUUACAGGUCUCCCUCGACACUCGUCGUCUAAAGCACUGUGUUAAAUGGAGCUGAACCUGGAUCCCAGUAAGGAUGACUUGCCUCUCAGAGCCAACACCAGUCACAUGCUAGUGAGGCACUAUGUGCUAGAUUUGGCUGUGCACUUUGAAAGAAAGGUCAUCAGUGGCAACAUUGUCCUUUUCUUUGAAACUGGGAAAGAUGGUGAUAAAUUAUGUAACACUGUGGCAACAGAGCCUCAUCCCCAAAGGCUUUCGCCAUUCAAAGUGGAAACACCUGAGAUGUCACAUUUCCCUUUGAAGGGUGGGAGUGCUUAUUCAGCUCCAUCUGACACUAAUGAUGCAGGUGUGUGUGGAGGUGUCAGGAGGGAGGCCUCUGAAGCGCCUGGUUGCCAUGGUGAUUUGCAACCGCCGUGUGAGAUUUCCAGUUCAAAGCAGGACCCCAGUGACUUGGGGGACGGUGAGAGCGCGGAUUUCGUUCUGGUGCUGGACUGCUGUGAUCUGUCGGUGUUAAAGGUCGAAGAGGUCGACGUGGCCUCUUUGCGAGGUAUCGAGGAGCUGGGGAAAGGGUGUGAGACAGCUGGCCGUUCCAACAGAGUGGCGGGCUGCCCCUUGAGUUGCGGUGUUCGCCAACUUGUCACCCUCCCGGCGGAGUCCUGGGAGAAGCAGCAUGACUUGUACUUACAGUGCAGCCGAGCGCCGGGCUGCGGGGAUCUAAUUUUCGAAACGGAUCCGUGGAGCCUACAAGUCGCGAAGAAAGGAAUUAAGUCCCCGCGUGACUUCCCUCAUGUCUUGAGGAUCUGGUACGAAACGAGGCCCGAGGGCAGCUCAGUGAGGUGGACCACAGACCAAAGUAACAGACCCUGUGUUUAUACGAUGGGGUCUCCCAUUAACAACAGAGCCCUCUUUCCGUGCCAGGAGCCCCCAGUUGCCAUGUCAACAUGGCAGGCCACCAUCAAGGCCCCACCAGAGUGUGUCGUUCUGUUGAGUGGGGAGGAAGAGGCCCAACCUGCCACGGACAGAAAAGCCGGGUCGUGCUGGUGCUGGUUCUGUUAUGUGACCAUGCCAAUGCCAGCCUCCACUUUCACGAUAGCAGUGGGCCACUGGGUUGAGGUGAAAGGAGAAGAGGCCGCGGCGACCGAGAAACCAGUGGCGCCCGUCUCUGCAGCAGCUUGCAGUUCCCUGCAGUUUCCCUGCCACCAUGUGGACUACCCGUGCCGAUUCCAGAGGGCGGCGGCGCGGGUUCAGGCUGUGAUCCCUCACCGGGUCUUUGCCCCGGCGUGUCUGAAGGAGCUGGCUGGGGAAACGCUGCUCCCCUUGCUGCCUCCUUGCCUUUCUGCAGCGCACUCUGCCCUGGGUGUCCAUCCCUUCUCCAGGCUGGACGUGCUGCUGGUGCCCGCCGGGUUCUCCAGCCUCGGAAUGGCCAGCCCACACAUGAUGUUCCUGUCCCAAAGCGUGCUGUCUGGAAAGAAUCACCUCUGUGGGGCACGGCUGUGUCAUGAAAUCGCCCACGCCUGGUUUGGACUGGCGAUUGGCGCCCGAGACUGGACUGAGGAGUGGAUCAGCGAAGGCUUCGCCACCUACUUAGAAGAUGUGUUCUGGGCCCGUGCGCAGCAGCUCCCACAAGAGGAAGCCGAGGGGCAGCGAGAGCUCAAGGCUGCCCUGCGAUGGAGGCGUCUCAGGGACGAGCUACAGAACUCCGAGGAGGAGCUGCAGAUAUUGAGGCCAAACAGAGAGCGCACAGGAGACGUCAGUGACUCUGGUGCAUCCCUUGUCAAACAUGGCCUCAAUCCAGAAAAAAUCUUCAUGCAGGUUCACUAUUUAAAGGGAUACUUUCUGCUCUAUUUUCUUGCAAGCAAAAUAGGAGACGAUCGGUUCCUUAAAUUCUUUUGCCAGUUUGUGCAAAAGUUCCAUGGUCAACUCAUUCUGUCUCAGGAUUUUUUGAAUAUGCUGCUGGAAAGUUUCCAAGAGAUAAAGAGAGAUGGCCUUACCCUUGAAGCUAUUUACCGAGACUGGUUGGACAGUGCAGGAGUUCCUGAGCCUUUGCUCGAAAAGAGUCAUUCUUGGCUUCAAAAUAGGCUGGUUGAAGAAGUCAAAGAGGAGGUUGCAAAAUGGAUUCACUUCAGUCACAGCCACAGAAAGGGCAGCAAGCGGAAAAGGGGAGAGAGGAAGGAGAUCUUCAAAGAGAUCCUGCCCGAGCAGCUGGUGCUGCUGUUGGAGGUGCUGUUGGAGGAGCCGGGGCUCAGCGUGACGACACUGCGGAGUCUGGACAGGACCUACAGCCUCCGGGCACAGGAUGCUGAGGUGAGACAUCGCUGGUGUGAGCUAAUUAUUAAGCACAAACAUACUGCAGCGUACAGAGAUGUGGAACAUUUUCUAAUGCAAGACCAGGCUAUGGGGGUCUAUUUGUAUGGGGAGCUGAUGGUCCAUGAGGACAUUCGACAGCAGUGUGUGGCUCGAAAGUGCUUCUCUCUAGCACAAGAGGAAAUGGACCCUGCCUCAAGGAAAGUGGUGGAAGAGAUGAUAUUCUGAGCAGGUAUUUCAGGAGGACCUCGGUAUGACGAUGCACAUCAAGGCAAACCAAAGGAACAGCUCCGCUGCCUCUAGAGCUCUCGAUCUCUUUCUCAUUUCACUGUGACCCUGCCACAGUACUUUUUGGGACCUCAUCUCGAUAAAGAAUUGCUGCAUUGUAACAAUAAAAAUGAAGAAGGGACAGACUUCUCCAAGAAAAACGAAUUCUACCAAGAACCGAACACAAGUCUGGGGGUUUGUAUGGUUAAAAAAAAUGACCUGCAUUCUUUUCACAUUGAAAUGUGAUUGGCUUUUUACUGUUUUUUUUUUCCUUCAGAAUCGUUGUUCCCUUUUAGCAAUGUAUCAGAACUUUGUGCUUCAUAUAGAGAUGAGUCAACUGACAGGCAAAUGAAAUCUGUACAGAAGAAUCAAGUCGGAGAGUUAAGUUACUAUAAAUAAAAGUACAAUCAAGUAGCUCCAACUGAAAAGUGAUUUUAACUUUCCUCAGUGUAAAUAAUAAAUGCAGUUUCCAUGCAUUUUCUGAAGACAAUACAGUGUAUCAUUCAGGAGAAUAACUUGAAUACUGCUAGAAGAAAUGUUUUGUAAUGAAACUUGAAAACAUGUAGUUGCAACUUUCUGGUUUGCAAAAGGACACCGGCAAUAAAAAUCCUUAAAUAGUU